AUGGAGGCCGUCCAGAUGGAGGCUGCCCGCGCUACCCCUCAGAAUGUAGAAGAUGGUUUAGCCACUAUGGGAACAUUACAGAAACGGGCCCUCGUCUGCGCUUUCCGCAACAUCUAUUGGCUAAUGAAAGAGGAAAUACCACAUACCGCAAAGUUCGGCCAUCUUCAGGAGCUCAUGACACUGCAGGGAGUGAGCAUACUCAACAAUCUAAACCACGGCGAAAACAACAAGGCGACUUCGCAACGGUUUAUUCAAGAGACUGUUCUGACAGUGGGAAAUCAGGUACGAAGUGACCAUCUUGAGAAAAAGAAGGCCUCGCCGUAUUUCACGAUUCUCGUCGACGAGACGACGGACAUUGCCACUGUGUCGGAAAUGAUAGUGUACAUCCGGUUUCUGGAAGAUGGAAUGAGUAGAACGGUUUUCCUAUCUGUUCUUCCUCUGAAAGACGGCAAGGCGGAGACGAUCUUUAAUACACUGAUUUCAUUCAUCGAGGACAGUGGAUUGGACAUACAGAAGCUGUGA